UUAGCGCAGGGAGGGCGCAAGUUGAGGGGAGUGAGUGGAAAGAGCAGGGGGGGGAGGCAAAGGAAAUGGGGACUUGUGCGCGGAGGAGGACCGAGUUGUCUUUCCAGCCGUAUAUCUCUUUGACAACGACGCUCAACCCCAUCGCCAGGCACAGAGCUCAUGGGACAACUCAGAGACAGUGGGCCUUGAGGAACGUGUCCGACUCCAGGAGGAAGGUCUGCCAGCAGAGCGGGCAUCAGCAUGGGUUCAUUACUGCUUUCACCUUCUCGACACACAUGUACCGACCUUUUCCGACUGCUUGCAGUCAUGGUAUUGUCAGUAAUGAGCACAUGCAAUCUUGCGUCAUCGUCAUCAGGACCCAAACAUGAUCCUGAUGUGCAUGGACAGUUCACUAGUUUCUGCAAGGCAUAUGGUCCUGGUAGGAGAUGUCCAACACCACCUACAGUACCGGCAGUGGAUAUACAAGCAUAUACAGGGCUGUGGUAUGAAAUAGGUGUAACUGCAGGCUUUAAGAUCGAAUCAGAGCUAGGCUCUCGAUGUGUAACAGCCAACUACACUGCUAAUGGGACAGCACCUUAUGUGAGGACUCCCAUAGACUUCAGUACCAUACCUUUUGGGAGCCUUCCAGCUAUGGCGCCUCCUCCCUCCGGACAUUCGUCCACCCCAACCGCUCCUGAUGGUCUACUUGAUGAAGAGAGCACACCAACAGAGUCGGAACGCAUCGAACAGCUGGGAUUCAAUCUUUCAGCGCUCGUGCCCCCUCCCGAGGGCGUGGGAAAGGCAGUCAAGGUCUUAAAUCGCGGGGAGAAUGUGACAUCUCCUGUGGUGUUGGAGGCGGUCGUUAAGAUUAGCGUCAUCACAAGCAAAGUUUUAUCUAGCUUGGCGACUACUACUUGUCCCCUUGUGUCCUCAGAGUCUGCCCAACGCAUCAAAUCUGCAGCAACUGAGGAAGGGAGUCGCUCAGCGCAGGCCAUUGCUCGUAGCGCUGACGGUAUUUUACAAUCCAUCGCACAAAUUGUCGAGGCAGCUAUGGAAGUUGUUCACGGCGUGGAAUCCAUCACGUUUGGCAUUGGGGAGGUCAAUCAGGGACAUUACGAUAAAGCCGUCAAGCGCCAGAUUGCCUCUGGAUCAUCUGUGGUAAACAAAGCCGCAAGGGAAAUCUCAAGACAGGCCAACAAUGUUAAACGCAAUGUCAACAAGAUACUUAAAUUGGCAUCGUCACUCUCAGACACAACAGUGGCAAAGACGGUGAUCCAGGAGACACAGAAGAUUAGCUCCUUGAUCUUGACGACGAUGAGCGCAGGCGUGGAAAUCAAGGAGGCUGCUGAGACAAUCCGCAAAGAAAACAGGUUCAUAUCAAAACAGGGCAUUUUGAGGCCGGGAGGUAUCGCAGUCACAGGGAUUAGGGGACAGGCUGUUCAGAACCCCAAGGAGCCAGGGAAGAUCACUGUUAAUUUUGGAGGUUUUCCGGGCGCGUACUGGCUAAUCGCACUGGAAGGUGAGCCGGCGGAAGGAUACGAAGUUGCGGUGAUUUAUGGAUGCCAAGAUCUUCCGCCGUUCCUCCAGAGUUUGCGCCGACAAGACGAUAGUGUGUUUAUAAUCGCCAGGAAGCGGGAAAUACCGGAGGCGACUGUAAACCGGCUUCUGGCUUUUGCAAAGGGAUUGGGAAUCAAUACCUCCGGGGACAAUGUCUUCAUCCGUGGAAACUCUAGGGACUGCACUGGGAGAACCUUUUCAACUGCUGCUUAAGUUGUGUGCACCUGCCUCACAGGCAGUGGUGGGGUCUGCACUUAGCAGUGAUGCUGUUGCUACUACUAGAUUACUAGUGGUCACGGCAGCUCACUUCCGAAAUCAGUCGAUCAAUCAAUAUUGCUACUACUAGAUUGCUAGUGGUCAUGGCAGCUCACUCCCCAAAUCAGUCGAUCAAUCAAUAUUGCUACUACUACUAAUGGUUGUGGCAGCUCACUCGCCAAAUCAGUGAAUCAAUCAAUCAGUCAAUCAGUCAGUCAGUCAUUUAUCCACCAGGCAAGCAAUGAAGAGAUUGAAAUCAUCAGUCACAGACUACGCUGCACGGCAGCUCACUUCCCCGCCAAAUCAGUCCAUCAAUCAAUCAAUCAAUCAAUCAAUCAAUCAAUCAAUCAAUCAAUCAAUCAAUCAGUCAGUCAGUCAAUCAAUCAAUCAGUCGAUCCACCAGGCAAGCAAUGAAGAGAUUGAAAUGAUCAGUCACAGACUUAAGUACCAGCAGCAAAGGCAAACAAUGAAGAGAUUGAAAUGAUCAGUCACAGACCAAGUACCAGCAGCAAAGGCAAGCAAUGAAGAGAUUGAAAUGACCAGUCACAGACCCAAGUACCAGCAGCGAAUGAUCGCAACAGGCUGGUCUUCUUCUUGUCGGGAGCGACAGACAAAAAAAUGAGAAUUCAAUGUGUUCGUCGGAAUUUUCUCCACAGACGACAGCAGGAGGAAAACUGACAGGACGGUCGAGUGAACCAGCGCGGCUCACUGAUUGUUUGACAGAAUGGGGGCGGGGGGGGGAUGACAUGAGGAGAGGCUGCGGUCAAUCAAUGGUCGGAGACAAAGGCAUUGAUUGAAAGGGCACGAGAACGGCACACACACACAGAGAGAGAGAGAGAGAGAGAGAGAGAGAGAGAGAGAGAGAGAGAGAGAGAGAGAGAGAGAGAGAGAGAGAGAGAGAGAGAGA